CUCCGUCGCUCGCACCGGCAGGAUGAGCUCCACGGCGGCCGACGUGCUCCGGGCGCUGCCGCCGAUCAGGACGAAUAAGCCACGGGCGCCGGAGCCGGCCUGCUCGUCGGCGGCCUCGUCGUCGCCGUCGCCGGUGCCGGCGCCGGACGCGGAGUCGGUGGCGGCCCCGCCGCCGGCGGAGGAGCAGAAGCAGGGGGAGACCCGCGGGCCGGAGGCCCCGCAGGAGGCGGAGCCCGCGACGCCGACGUCCGAGGGGAGCCUGCUGCGGCGGCCGGCCGAGUGCCCGCCGGCGCCGCGGAAGCCGGCGUGGGCGCCUCCGCCGCCGCCGACGCCCGCCAGCAAGCGCAGCAGGCCGUCCCCGCCCUCCUCCGCGGCGCCGGCGCCGGCGCCGGCGCGCCGGGCCUUCUUCCCCGUCGCGCGCGACCUCACCACCGUGUUCCGCGCCCUGGCGCCGCCCAAGAAGCGGAUCCGCGCGGGCUGACGACGGGGGCGGUGGCGUUCUCCCUGGCGCGCAGCACGGGACGGGACCGGCGUGGCGUGGAUCUGGUGCCCGGUCCGCCGUCGGCCGUCGCGACGCCGUCAGUCAGUCAGUAGGUGCGCCGCGCGGUCAUGGCAUGGUACAGGGCUCUCGUACAAAUAAGUUCUGUUUUUUUUUUGGAGGGGGGGAGUGUAGAAUUGGGAAAGAGGCUGUUGUUUAUGCAUGGGGGAGGAUGAAUGGGGGAAUUGAAAGCUUGUAAAGAGAAUUCCUACAGAUUUGUUCGUUGUAUUUGUUAAACUAUACUUGCUGAC